GCCAAACACGGGGAAGGGGAGCUCAACUCAGUUCGGCACCCGGUCCGGUCCGGUCCGGUCAGACCACGUGAGGUAUCAGGACAGGCCCCGUUUUUCUACCAUCACAGCAAUUCCCCUCUCUCUCUCUCUCUCUCUCUUUCCAUCCAUCUGAGUGGGGGUCCGAGCUGCAAUAGCGAACCCUCUAAAUCAAUAAUGUUCGCCUGCGGUUGCACUCCGGAUCUCUGAUGGAACGCAGUCAAUGGCGCCCUUCCCGCAGCUUCCAGCUCCCGUCGUCGGUCUGCUAGCAAUCUCGAACUCUCCCUCCCCUGUUUGACGUCCUGAACUUAUAUCAUCAAAUACCAAAUGGCGAGCUUUCGUUGGAUUCUGCUGGUCAUCGCUCUGUCUUGCCUUGUUGAUGCGCUCGACGCUAGUGCCGGGGAUGCGGAUCCCAUAUAUAGGUCAUGUGUCGGGCAAUGUGAGAAAUCGGGAUGUGUAGGCGACAUUUGCUUCCAACAUUGCAAGUUUUCAUCUGAUGGGAAGCCUAUUGAUGGCCCAUGGUAUAUGCAAGAACCCCUUUAUCUGAGGUGGAAACAGUGGGACUGCCAAAGUGACUGUCGAUAUCAUUGUAUGCUCGCGAGGGAAGAGGAAAGAGAGAAACUCGGCAGCAAGCCUGUUAAGUAUCACGGAAAGUGGCCCUUUAUCCGAGUUUUUGGAAUCCAGGAACCUGUUUCUGUUGCUGUGUCUGCCCUCAAUCUGGCCAUGCAUUUUCAUGGCUGGUUAUCAUUCUUCAUACUUCUGUACUACAAGUUACCUUUGAGGCCAAAUAAGAAAACUUACUAUGAAUACACUGGACUUUGGCACGUCUAUGGCAUCUUGGCCAUGAAUUCCUGGUUUUGGAGCGCUGUAUUCCACAGUCGGGAUGUGGAGUUGACCGAGAAGUUGGAUUAUUCCUCUGCUGUGGCAUUACUUGGGUUCUCCCUCAUUUUGGCCGUACUGCGAGCUUUCAGCGUGAGAGAGGAGGCUGCGAGGGUCAUGGUCACUGCCCCCCUCCUCGCUUUUGUGACAACACAUAUCCUCUAUCUCAACCUCUACAAGCUCGACUAUGGUCUGAACAUGAAGGUAUGCGUGGCAAUGGGCGUUGCACAGCUUCUUAUAUGGGCAGUUUGGGCUGGAGUCACUCAUCACCCGUCACGUUGGAAGCUGUGGAUCGUGGUGGUGAGCGGGGCGCUUGCUAUGCUUUUGGAAAUAUAUGAUUUCCCACCAUAUCGCGGAUAUGUGGAUGCUCACGCUCUCUGGCAUGCCACCACCAUCCCCCUCACAUAUCUCUGGUGGAGCUUUAUUAGGGAUGACGCUGAAUUUAGGACAUCUAUUCUCUAUAAGAAGUCAAAAUAGGUUGUCGAACUGAAGACUAGAUUAGACGGCGGUUUGUACUAUUUACAGUAAAUACUCGCCUCAAUUGAUUUUAUUGGUAUGAGCUCUCCCUUGUGACGCGUGUUCGCUUCUUUGAACUGAUCAUUGAGGCAGGAUCAUUUAUUUCCGGCCCAACUGAUGAUGAUAGCACAGAUGUUCAUUUGGGUUUCUACUAGGACAUGUAUUAAAAGUUCUUGCUUCUGUUA